AUGGAUCCUUUUAUAAUUGCAGCCAUUGUUAGUGCAAUAGUUAUAAUAAUUUUGUCCAUUUCUUUUUUACGAGUUUCUCAAGUGAACACAAAACCGGCUGCGAGACCAAGAGCUGUAGUACAAAGAGAUGGAGGUCCAGGAAGAGUACAAGCUGUUAGAAAUCAAAGAGCUCGAAUGAGAGCUAAUGCUGCAAGGCACGCUGCCCCACUCGAAGAAGAGCCAAAUAUUGUAGAUGACAAUGAAGAAGAUAGUGGUAAUGAUGCACAAACAGCGGAUUUUGAUGACAAAAUGGGAGCUAAGAAACGAGCUAAGAUGGAAGCCAAAAUGGAAAAGAAAAAAGCUAGAGAAGCUGAGGAAAAACUAAGAGAAAUAAAAAAAAAACGUGACUUGGAGUUGGAGGAAGAAAGGAAAAUGUUACAAGAGAAAAGAGAGGAGGAAGAAAAGAAAGCAGAAGAAGCCGAACGUAAAGCAGAAGAAGAAAGAAAGAAACGAGAACAAGCCGAGUAUGAAGCAUUAAAAGCCGCAUUUACUGUUGAAGGUGAAGGUUAUGAUGAAAAUGAGGAAGAGGAUGCAGCCAGCCUUUUACGCAACUUUAUCGACUACAUUAAGGCACAGAAAGUGGUUUUACUGGAGGAUCUGGCAGCUCAUUUUAAAUUAAAGACACAAGCAGCGAUAGACAGAAUAACCGAAUUGCAGACUACGGGACAGUUAACCGGAGUCAUAGAUGAUCGUGGAAAAUUCAUUUAUAUAGCCAUGUCUGAGUUACAAGCUAUGGCUAAGUUUAUAAAGCAAAGGGGUCGAGUAUCUAUAUCUGAAUUGGCUGAGAGUAGUAACCAACUGAUCAAUUUAAAUCCUGUUCCUGUUUCUUUGUAA